UGGCUGUGCGCACAUUCACUCACUAGCUUUCCCCCUUUCCCGCUCGCUUCUGCCGCUCGGCUGGCUCGGCGAGCGCCGAUCCGCUGUCCGUGCGCCUCUGCGGAUGCUGGAAUUGCUGAAUGGUGGAGCGGCCGUAGGUUUAGGAGACAAGCGACGGCACUGGGACCCUUUCGCCGACCGCGACCACUUCGCCGAGCCAGUGACAUGGCACACGACCCGGAGAAACGGGAGAGAAUCGUCUACAAGCUGGUCUUGACCGGCGGGCCAUGUAGUGGGAAGACAACAGGCCAAGCAAGACUGUCAACAUUUUUCGAGAAUUAUGGCUGGAAGGUAUAUCGUGUGCCUGAGGCCGCCACCGUCUUGCUCAGUGGCGGCGUGCGAUUUCCUGAUCUGACACCCGCUGAAGUUGAAAGGUUCCAAGAGAAUCUCUUGAAAACCAUGAUGUCAAUGGAGGACACAUACUUUGACUUGGCCAGGACCAGCGACAAGAACUGCCUCAUUAUCUGCGACCGUGGUACCAUGGAUGCCUCUGCAUUUGUCAGCAAAGAGAUUUGGGAGAAAAUUGUCAAAGCUCACAACUGGCACACAGUGGACCUUAGGGACAACCGCUACAACCAGAUUGUUCACCUGGUUUCAGCCGCCAAUGGAGCAGAGGAAUUCUACAACACCGAAGACAACAGCUGCCGUACAGAGGGCAUCGAGCUGGCACGGGAGCGAGACAAGCUGGCAGCUCAAGCAUGGAUUGGUCACCCCUAUAUGGAUGUCAUCGACAAUUCCACAGACUUUAAUACCAAAGUGCGUCGGCUAAUAGAGUCUGUCUGUCGGCGAAUUGGUAUUGAAAUUGGCGAUCGGCUAGCCACCAACAGCCACAAAGCCAAGUUCCUUGUUGGGUCCAUGCCACCAGACAGUGCAUUUCCCUCCUAUCAAGAUUUUGAUGUUGUCCACGAUUAUCUCAUCACUUCGAAUCCUAAGGCGCAGUCCCGGCUUCGCAAGAGGGGCCAGCAUAAUUGCUGGAGCUACAUGCACACGAUACGGAAGUCCGAUAUCAACAGCCAGACCAUCGAGCUGAAGCGUCAGAUCACACACAGGGACUACAUUAACAUGCUGGCCCAGCGAAAUGACUCGCACUACACGGUAUACAAGGUGCGCCGCUGUUUCCUCUGGAACCACAUGUACUUCCAGCUGGACAUCUACAAGAAGCCUUGCCACUCCAGGUGUGAAGGCCUCAUGCUGCUUGAGACGUACACAACACACAGUCCUGAAGAGCUCCCUGAGCUGCUGCCUCCCUUCCUUGACAUCCGUAAGGAUGUGACCAGCGACCCCAACUACUCGAUGUUCUGCCUCUCGUACAAGGGGGACAAGCCGCCGACGCCCAUCUUCAACUGCAUCACCAAUGGCCACCGGGCACCUGUCAGCAACGCGCUCGUAUCCGAUGACACAAACUCCCCCUCCUAUGUCACCGCGAGCAACCUGAGCAUAGGCAGCACCCAAUCUGCAUAGAGGCGUGGCCAUUUUGUCGUUGCACCCCAUGCCCCUAUACGACAGACUACUGAUAAGUUGGCAGGAAACCAAUGUGUGUAGCCUGCCCAACAGUCUCACCCGCAAGAGAAACACGAGGCUUUGCUUCGUGCUGCAAUUACUGUACAAAAGCACGCAAGGGCUGCUGCACCUUUUGUAAGAUUCCGAUUGCGAUAAUUUUAAAUGCAACCCGUAACAGAAAUAUUAGAGCAUUGUGAUGUGGCUGUAUGACUGUUCAAAUAAUAGCCAAUUCUGUAACUCGACAGAUGGUAAAAGCAGCGCUGUUCGUUGCGCUACACGAACUCGUGGUUUUAGUGCCGCAAUGCGCUGUGAGCCACAUGACUCGUGGGCUGCACUUUGCACAUUAGGGUCAGAGUUGGUGGAAAUUCAUGGCAUGGCACGGGAUAAUCUCUGUGCCUCAGCAAAUUUCAUAUUUGAGUAGUUCAACACAGGUGAUUUUCAUUUUUUAUUCGUAGUAUGGGUGUGGCCAUUGCACAGGAUUUUAUAGUGGGCGUUGUUUUUGCCAACAGUGCAGGUUCCAUGUUGCCUGCUGUCUGGGCACAUUAAACUCUAGAGUAGAAUGGAAUUCCGCGCAGUGUCUGGACUGCUGGUCUCCAUGCCAUUUAGUUUUGCUGUUGCCAAUUGCUGGUGUCGCCCGCAGUUGUGCACAAUCUUUCGUCUCUUUAUACAAUUUCAAGUGCCGUUGGCUCCCGACGUUAUGGCAGACGGCAUACCACUUUAACUUUGCACGCUACUCUUCAAGCUGAUUUUGUUGCAUCUUUUAGUUCACGUUGGCUUUGGCUUUACCACAAGUGGUUGCGUUCCUUCCUGGUAUACAUUUUAAUUUCAUUUUUGCUAACAAUUGCUAAUAUGCUAACAAUUUUGUAUUAGUCGCUUGUGAGUUCUUGGCAGAUUUUGCAAAGCUCUUCAAGGAGAGCAAGUGAGCUUAUAUUGUUUGCUGGUGGUUUUAAUGUAUUUUUACAACAUUUAUUGCUGCCAUUGUGAUCUUCACUAUUUAGGUUGGGACAGGUGGUAGCACCUUCACCACUUAGAGCCCUAGCCAAGCUUGAGUUGGUCAAUGAGCAAAUUAUUUUUCCAUCUGAAUUUACAGUAAAAUUGAUGUGUUUAAUGUGAGCUUAGUGCACACACUUAUGCGUUGUUAGCCUGUAAACCUUCAGUAACAUCAGGUGCAGUUGGUUGCAUAUUUUUUUUUGGUCUCCCAGCCACUAUGUAGAUCAGCAUCACUAGGCUGAGGUGGUUGUUUUGCCUACAGUACAUAGCUUUUGUUGUGCAUUACUAGGCACAUUACUGGCUGUUUCAUAAUAUUGCCAGUAUGCAAUGUGCAACCCCAUUUAGUGGCCAGCAGUUUCGCAGUAGGUAAUUCUGCAUAGAAAGCACACUUUAGUGUUGAUGCCGUUCUAUGUGGCCAGAGUGGUUGCCCCUGCAAUGCCCAUGUGAGGGCUCCAUAGCUGAACCGACAACACAUUAUAUGUUAUGAUGCCUUGUUCAUCUCACCCUAUCUGCAUAAGGUGCGACAUUACUGCACAUUAAGGGCAACUGGGCAAGCCAUACCGACUUUUAUGGGUCUCCUGUUUUUGACAUGCUUUUCAUAAAAUGCAAGCCAUUGUUUUUUUUUUAAUGCGAGAGCACUACUUGGCUCAUUGUGUGACCCCGCUGUCAUCAGAAGGCCGUGGCAGAAAAAUGGCACGCAAAUGAUGUCGUCUGCGUCUAACUAAAAGAAAAGUUGCCACGGUGAGGAUUCGAUCCUCUGCCCCACCGCCACUGCUACCGCUCCAUAGCCGGGCGCGCUAACUACUGCACCACCAUUGAAUUUUGUCACCAUUGCAACGGGCGACACUGAUGAAUAUGAUGGGCUCUGCCUGGCGGGCGAUUAACUAGCGGUUGCGGAGUGAGCAUGGCGAGUUGCAGCCACUUGCUCUGCCUUUCGUUUUGACGGGGGCUCGUGUACAUUGUCGCUAGAGCCCAUUGACGAUGAUGACAAAUAAAAUGCAAUGCGCUUCAGGUACCCGUUGAACAACUCCGACAUCGCCCCAUAGUAUGGGAUGGAGGUAGCUUACGAGCCCAAUGAAGAAACGCAGUGUGAACACCGUGGUGCGGCUCGGAAAAGUACCAUCAUCGCUCGGCAAAGUGGUGUCAUAAUGCUGAAAAGCAGUGUCAUCGAGAAGGAACAUUCAAUGCAAUGUGCGUGAAACACUACUUUAAUCAGAACUUUGCAAAUAAAACUCGGCUGACAGAUCGCAGUAUGGCCAGUUUGUUGUCUUGCGUUGUUGCGACCUCGUAAGCAGCAACAUUGCACUCGGAAACACAGUGUAGCAGCAGUAAGCAACAUUCUGCUGCAACACUAAACUCAGCGACGCAUUCAGUGACAAGUUAUGCUCUCGCAUUUACACAUCACGAGAAUCGCUUAGGUGCCCCCGACUUUUUUUUUUUCUUUUCUGUCGUUGUUCUUGACAUGUGAAGUCUAACUUUAACUGUGUACUUUUGUUAUCAUGUUCCUUGUUAAGAUCAUUGUGAAACAGCUGUGAUGAUACAGUUAAGGUACUAGCGUUCUACCCUGUGGUUGUUUCUUGAGCACGAGCUCAUGGAGAGUGAAGAAAGCAUUGUGUGGUGCGAGGCAAUGCAUUUCCACUGGUGUGGUAUUAUCGUACUUACGUUUACACUCUGUUAAAUGUUAUCAACCUUGAAUAGGGCAUUGGUGAUUUGAAAGACUGGAGCAGAGUUAGCCUCAGACUCUAUGUAACUGAACUGUCCUGAUCUAGGGGAAGAUUCAGGUUGUUCUCAGAAUGAAAAAAAAAAUUAUGGGGUUUUAUGUGCCAAAACUACAAUCUAAUUAUGAGGCUAACUGUAGUGGGGAACUCGAGAAUAAUUUGGACCACCCGUAGUUCUUUAAUGCGCACGUAAAUCGAAGUACAGGGGUGCUUUUGUGUUUCGCCCCCAUCGAAACGCAGCCCCCGUGGCUGGGAUUCGAUCCUGCGACCUUGUGCUUAGCAGCCCGUUCUCAGAAUGGAGGAGGCACAUGUUGUGUACAGGUUGAUCAGCCAAGUAAGCUGGUGCCAGAUUUCUUGCCGCUGCAGAGGGAAAGUUUAAAAGUGCUCAGCACCCUCCCCCACCCUUGGAAUCUAUCUCUGGCCCUAAUAUUUCUAAUCUUAAACGUAAACAGUCGCAGCUUCAAGACUGGGCGGAGCUUUCAUAUCCUCUUCAGGUGCUUUAUCUGCGAUUGUACGCACCAAUAUACGCCAUUACAAUGCCUCAGCAUCACAGAUAUAGAAAAUAUUGAUGUUCAAAGAACGAUGCUGCUGCUGCAAGGUAUAACAUUUCUGGGUGGACCUGUUCUGCAAUAUUGUCCCUGUGCUUGUUGGCAGCGCCAGUACAUGGUCAUGUGUCGUUUUUUUUUUCCCCCUCUAGCGACAAGUUUUGUCGGGCAAGUUUUCAAAAGGGCUGGAUAUUUUUAAGUUCACUGCGUGGGAAAUGAUUUCGUUUUUACCUGAAGCAUUUUUCAGUGUUCAGCCUUCAGAAGCUAACAUUUCUGGCUUUAUAAUCACGGGGAAAUUCAAAAUUUUUCAUUGCUGUCUGCUUUGACAGCGCAGAAUGUGCAACAAAUGCAUUAAAGGUGAUGAUUUAACAUAUAGAAAUAACCGACGUCUGAAGGAAGAUUUAGUGGAGUCGGAAUGUGUAGCAGAUUAACCCUUAAGUUUCAAUUUCAACCCUGGGUUGCACAGUUUUCGGUCACCUCACCCGAUGGUUUCUGAGAUGUGCAACUGAUGCCGUGCCUUACCUAACAUUGCUAACUUUUUGUUACAUCGCUCUGGGGCAAGACUGUUAAGCAGGAAUGUGUGCACAAACAAAUGAUGUUUAGAGUUACAUGCCACAACAAGUGAGAACACAAAUUUUUGACGGCACGUGCACUUAGGACGUUGAAGUGUCAUUAUUAUAGCUGUAUCGGUUUUUUCUGUCGCCACACUUCUCCAGCAUUACAUAUUUCACUGCAAUCUUGUCUAGUCCACCUUUCUCCCCACCAAAUAUAAUUGCGAUGCUUUAGCUUGUUGUAAUCCAGAUCUGUAAGUUUCUUGACAUUCUGAGUACUUAGAUCUGAUAUGUUUUUCUAUCUGAAAACGUAUACGUUAUCAACACCAUGAAAUGUCCGAAACUGCAGUCAGUUUUGAUGUAGACUGGCUCGAUCUGAACGGUGAUCUAGUUUGUCUGGUGAUAAACUUGCAGUUAGUGCAAGUAUACAGGCACUGCAUGGCAACGUUGUCGAACUUGUUAUCCUGUUUUCGUUAAUAGCACAGCUCUUUUGUUGUGCAGGAGUUAUGUGUCGCAGUAGUAUUUACACGAUGAUAGACAUUGACCUAUGUGCACUCAAAUAAGCUUUGUUGCUUUGCAAAUGCAUUUAUCAUUAAUUUUUCUGGUUGUACUGACACAUAGUUUUAUGUAGUACAGAUCUGAGUUAACCUAUUGCGGACUUACAGGCCUCUUUGCAAGUUGUUCCAGUCCAGUAUUAAAAUUGUGUACCGAUCUCUAUUUUUCACCAGACUGCGCGCCUGUUCUGUAUUGCGAUAGUGGAGAAGUCAUCCUCGCACUUACUACUGCAGAAACAUGUUGCCGGAGUCUGAGCUAUUUUUCUUUUGUUGUUGUUGUUCUGGUGUCUACAGUUGAUGUUCUUUAAAUGUCUCCCUCUUUGUACAAUAUAUUUAAUGGAAUUUAUGAUUAAAUGGAGUGCACCAA